CCCUCCCUCCCUCCCGCCAUGGCCGACAAGAUGGACAUGUCCCUGGACGACAUUAUCAAGCUGAACCGGAGCCAGCGGGGCGGCCGCGGCGGGGGCCGGGGCCGGGGCCGGGCCGGGGCCCGCGGCGGCGGCGGCGUCGGCGGUUUGGGCGCGCAGGCGGCGGGCGGCAGGACCGGCCGCGGAGGCGGCGGCGGCGGCGGCGUCGGGGGGCCCAUCCGCAACCGGGCGGCCAUGGGCCGAGGCGGGGCGGCGGCCGGGGCCGGAGCCGGGGCCCGGAACAGGCCCGCGCCCUACAGCCGGCCCAAGCAGCUCCCGGACAAGUGGCAGCACGACCUGUUCGACAGCGGCUUCGGGGCGGGCGGCGGCGGCGGCGGCGGCGGCGGCGGCGGGGUGGAGACCGGCGGGAAGCUCCUCGUCUCCAACCUCGACUUCGGCGUGUCGGACGCCGACAUCCAGGAGCUGUUCGCCGAGUUCGGGACGCUGAAGAAGGCGGCCGUCCACUACGACCGGUCCGGCCGCAGCCUGGGCACGGCGGACGUGCACUUCGAGCGGAAGGCGGACGCCCUGAAGGCCAUGAAGCAGUACAACGGGGUGCCCCUGGACGGUCGCCCCAUGAACAUCCAGCUGGUCACGUCCCAGAUCGACACGCAGCGGAGACCCGUGCAGAGCAUCACCAGGGGCGGCAUGAUCAGAAACCGCGGCGGGGCCGGAGCCUUCGGCGGCGGAGGGGGUGCCCGGAGAGGCAGCCGCGGCGGGGCCCGGGGCCGGGGCCGGGGGGCCGGCCGGACGUCCAAACAGCAGCUCUCCGCAGAAGAACUAGACGCACAGUUGGACGCUUACAAUGCCAGGAUGGACACCAGUUAAGCCGUCCCGCCCCGCCCCGCCCGCGUGGAUCCGACUCCGGACACCUCAUUCCAUGCUCCCAGGCGGGAGGGACGGGGUACUCGUCGUGACCCGGGCCCCGCUACCGAGGGUGGAUUUGGUUUAUUUUACAUUUUGAGAUAGGUUUUAAAACUCAUGUAAAGGUUUCGUUGUUGGGGGGGGGGGGGGGGUGUUUUUUUCCCUUUUGUUUCUUGGAUUUUGUUUUUUCCUCGUUUGGUUCUCUUUUUUUUUUUUUUCCAGUUUGGUUUGGUUUUUUUUUGGUUUUUUUUUUUUAAUUUUUAAUUCCGAAACAGACCUGUUUUGUACCAAGUUAUUUUUGGGAUAAAUUUUACCCGUUGCCGUUGUGGAGAAGGUGGCGUUUUCACCUUGGCCAUAAUAAAAUAGAAACGUGUGUAGGACCUUCA